AUGGAAGGAUUUGAUACACCUGGUAUAUUUUUCUCUGACACAUUCGGUGACGACGAUAAUUUGGCGUCAUCAUUGUUGAACAUUAGAACAAUAAAAAAAUCGUUCAAAGAAUUCUUAAAAACAUAUAAUGAAGAAAAUUUUAACUACAAGUAUAGAGAUACAUUAAAACGAAAUUGUAACUUGGGUCAAUUUUGUUUGGAAAUAAAUGUCGAGGACUUAGCUGGAUUUGAUGAAAAUCUUGCAGAUAAGUUAUACAAACAGCCAGUAGAACAUUUGCCAGCAUUUGAAGAAGCUGCGACUGAGUUAGCAAAAGAAUUGCUUGCUUCAGAUAACUUGGAAGAUAUUGAGCGUGUUCAAAUAUUACUGUCAACAAAUUCAUUGGCUUCUUAUUUGCGUUCUAUUAAAUCUGAGUCAGUUUCUCGGCUAGUUAAAAUUCCUGGUAUUAUAGUAUCGGCAUCAAGUAUUCGAGCUAAGGCUACACAGAUAACAUUGCAAUGUCGAUCUUGUCGUAAUGUAGUACCACAUUUACCUGUGAAACCUGGUAUGGACGGUUAUAUCUUGCCAAGAAAAUGUACCACUGAACAAGCUGGCCGUCCACAAUGUCCUUUGGAUCCAUAUUUUAUUAUACCUGACAAAUGCAAGUGCGUUGAUUCUCAAAUUUUAAAAUUACAAGAAUUGAGUGACUCUACACCUCAAGGAGAAAUGCCACGACAUGUACAGUUAUAUUGUGAUCGCUACUUGUGUGAACGUGUAGUUCCAGGAAACCGGGUUAUGGUGGUUGGUGUUUAUUCUAUAAAAAAGGUGAAAACUGCAAAAAAACAAAAUGUUACUGACAAUUCUCGUACUGUGGUUGGUGUGCGUGCUCCAUAUUUAAGAGUUUUAGGUUUCCAAUUGGAUGAUAAUGUUGGAGGUUCUACUUCUUUAUUACCCACUUCUGUUGAAGAAGAAGAACUAUUCAGAAAAUUGUCAUCAUCUCCUGAUAUUUAUGACCGUAUUGCCAAGUCUAUAGCACCAUCUAUUUUUGGCUUUAGUGAUAUAAAAAAAGCGAUAGCUUGUCUGCUGUUUGGAGGUUCUCGAAAAAGACUUCCAGAUGGUUUAACUCGUCGUGGAGACAUAAAUUUAUUGCUCUUGGGAGAUCCUGGUACAGCCAAAUCACAACUUUUAAAGUUUGUACAACAAGUUUCUCCCAUUGGUGUAUACACAUCUGGUAAAGGUUCUUCAGCAGCUGGACUCACAGCUUCCGUAACUCGUGAUCCAACAUCUCAUAAUUUUGUGGUGGAAGGUGGAGCAAUGGUUUUGGCUGAUAGUGGUGUAGUUUGUAUUGAUGAAUUUGACAAGAUGAGAGAAGGUGAUAGAGUUGCGAUUCAUGAAGCUAUGGAGCAGCAAACCAUAUCAAUUGCUAAGGCAGGCAUUACAACUACUCUUAACAGUCGUUGUUCAGUAAUGGCUGCUGCAAAUUCGGUGUUUGGUCGAUGGGAUGACAGUAAGGGCGAAGAUAAUAUUGAUUUCAUGCCUACAAUUUUAUCUAGGUUUGAUAUGAUAUUUAUUAUUAAAGAUGAACAUGAUCAGAACAGAGAUAUGACAUUGGCUAAGCAUAUCAUGAAUGUACAUUUAAUGAAUGGUCAAGCGAAGCAAGAAGUUGAAGGAGAAUUACCAUUGGCAACAAUCAAAAAGUUAAUAAAUUACAUUCGCCGACGUUGUGGACCUCGAUUAUCUGAAGAAGCUGGUGAGAAGCUUAAAAGUCGUUAUGUAAUUAUGAGAACUGGGUGUCAUGAAUUGGAAUCUGAGAAAAAACUUGCCAUUCCGAUUACUGUCAGACAGCUAGAAGCUAUAAUUCGUAUUGCAGAAUCAUUAGCUAAAAUGCAAUUGCAACCUUUUGCUACUGAUAGUCAUGUAGAUGAAGCUUUAAGAUUGUUUCAAGUAUCUACCCUGAGUGCAGCUACAUCAGGCUGUUUAUCUGGUGUAGAAGGUUUUUCAACCGAAGAAGAUACAGAAACACUACAAAGAAUUGAGAAGCAAUUGAAACGUCGAUUUCCAAUUGGAUCUCAAGUGUCUGAAUUCAGUAUUAUUCAAGAUUUUUUGAGACAAAAAUAUCCUCAAAGAGCCAUAGAUAAAGUUAUAUACUUGAUGAUCAGGAGAGGUGAAAUACAACACAUUAUGCAACGUAAAAUGUUAAUUAGAUUAAAAUAA